AUGGCAGAGGAUUUGUGCCUGGCUUCUAUUGCCAGGGUCACAAGAGCCGGAGAGCAGUCAGACGACAGGCCGGAGCUGCCGGACGAGGACGGGAUCCUCUCUCGGACUGUCGGCUGGGUCCAGGACAGCCGCUUCAGGCUGACGAUUGAAAGCCACGGCAGGGAGGUCAGACGGAGCGGUAACAUCGACGAGGACGGGCCACAUCGCGGGAACGCCAGAGACGUUUCGUGGUUGAGCAUCCAGAAGCCGGUUGCGGGGAAUGGCGCAAUGACGGCAAAAUCACAGCUGCUGCCCAAGAGUGAGAAACUCAAUCACAUGGGCAAGCAGUUGACGUGCUGGAACCCUUUCAAGCAACGGCGACAUGGGAUCCUGGUCAUUCCCCAAAGAGGCGCAUCGACCUUGGUGGAGCUUGGUGGCCAUGGAUUCCGGAGGGUGGCGGGGCUCGUCUUGCCUCUACCGGCGAGCAAAUCGGACACAAACGGUGCCCGGACGAAGCGACGGAUUCCACUCCUUGCUUCAGAGACAGGCGAGGGAGGAGUCUCGCGUCACGAUCUGCCCGCCUCCUUUGACGGAUCGACCUCAGCCGACCGCCGUCGAUCAUCCGAUCCGGUCAUGGGGCGAAAGGAGGCCAGGCCACACGAGCACCCCCGCUUGUUGCGGACGCGGGCGCCUCAUUGGCCUCCUCUCGAUUUCGGAUACACAACAACGGCCCACCUGGCACAGCGGCAACGGCGCCCCUUCACGACCAGCGGUCCGGUUCCACAGCCAAGGGGCAGCAAGGAGGCCUGGCAGAGGGUGUCCAGCCGUGUGGAACGUCGUGCGGCAUCAGCCCAAGGUCAACCCCCUCUGUGA